UGCCAUGACAACAGGACGAUGGCUGCAAGCAGAAGAUGAGAAAUGUGAUUUUUGUGUGAAGAGGAGUCACAGACCUUCAUCUCUAACGGACCGGCUCGUGUGUGUGAAGAGGCAGCAUGUCUCUGUUCAAGGCCCGUGAUUGGUGGUCGGCAGUGCUUGGCGAGGGCGAGGAGUUUGACCAGGGAUGCCUGUGUGUCGGAGACGUGGACAACAGUGGCAGCGGACAUGAUAAGGUGGUGGUGGGCAGCUACAUGGGGAUGCUGCGGAUCUUCUCCCCACACACCAGUAAGUCCAGUGAGGGAGGAGUGGCUGACGCCCUGCUGCUGGAGGUCCAGCUUCAAAACGCCAUCAUCCAGGUGGAAGUGGGCAAGUUUGUCUCGUGUUCAGAGCUUCUUCAUCUGGCUGUUCUUCACCCCAGGAAGCUGUCAGUCUACUCUGUGUCAGGCACUGCAGGGAACGUGGAGCACGGUGACCAGUACCAGCUGAAGUUGGUUUAUGAGCACAACCUGCAGAGAACAGCCUGCAACAUGACCUACGGCACCUUCGGAGGAGUCACAGGUCACCACUCCCUGUGCAUCCAGUCCAUGGACGGGAUGCUGAUGUUCUUCGAGCAGGACAGCUACUCCUUCGGCAGGUUCCUGCCUGGUUUCCUGCUGCCGGGCCCGCUGGUCUACAACCCCAGAACAGACAGCUUCCUCACUGUGUCCUCUGCACGCCAGCUGGAGAGCUACAAGUACGAGACUCUGGCCGUGGCUACAGAGGCAGAGAGUCGACAGGAUCCCGACCUGCCCCUCAAGACUGGAGGCAAGAGGCUGACGCCUGACUGGACCUUUAUCCUGGGAGAACAGGCCCUGGAUCUCUGUGUGCCCUCCUUCUCCCACUCCUCCUCCUCCAUCUUCGUCCUGGGCGAGAGGAACCUCUACUGUCUCCGUGACAAUGGCCAGAUCCGCUUCAUGAAGAAGCUGGAGUUCAACCCCAGCUGCUUCCUGCCCUACGCCUCAGUGACGGAUGGUACGACCAACCUGUUGCUAGGCAACCACACCAACAUGCUGCUGGUGUACCAGGAUGUGACUCUGAAGUGGGCCGCCCAGCUCUCCUUUGUGCCCGUGGCCAUUCGCGUCGCCAACUUCCCGGAGAUUAAAGGAGUCGUGGUCAGCCUGAGCUCAGACGGUCACCUCCUGUGCUCCUACAUGGGGACGGACCCCUCCUUCUUCUCCACGCCCAAGGUGGAUGCCAGAGAGGCUGACUAUGAGCAGGUGGAUGCUGAGAUGAAGAAGCUGCAGAAGUUCAUCAGAGAGGCCACAAGGACUCAGGACAUCCUGCCUAAAGCUGAGGCUGAGGAGGACCUGAUUGUUACAGUUGCUGUGUCUUCCAGCAUGGACAACCCAUCGCAAGCUCUGAUCCAAGAUAUUGACGGCCUGCCCGUUCCUUCAGUAACCGUACAGGUGAAGGUGAAGGCCCGUUGUGUUGUACAGGCCUCUAAGCUGACCGUCGGCAUCCAGCCUCCUCUGGCCGUCACUCAGGAGCAGUUUGUCCUGGAGCCCAUGGGUGUUGGUUCCUCCACAGUUGUGGCGUUUUCGGCUUUCCUCAACGGCCGCUACCCCGCCGCUGACCUGACCGGAGACGUCACCGUGUCCUACAGCUCGCCCACAGAGCUGAAUCCCAAAGGAGUUCCCAGGGUUCUCCAGUCCAGGUUCAGUCUUCCUCUGGCGUUGGUGUGUGUUCCCUCCUUUCCCGCCAAAACCACCAAGUUUAAGAUCACCGUGGACACCAACCAGCCACCUGUCAACCUCAACGCCAUCUUCCCAGAGUUUUCAGCUAAAUCAGAAGAUAAGGACGGGAACAGUUUGGCUUUCCAGUUCCUGUCAGGAGCCAAAGUUACCGUGCAAGCCUCCAAGACCUCCCAGCGUUACCGUAUCCAGAGCGACCACUUUGAGGACAUGUGGCUGGUGGUGAAGGAACUGGUUCAGAGAUUCGACCAGCAUUUCUCCAAACUGGGAGUCAAAGACUUCAAGAAAAGCUUCAGUGGACCGCUCCCGCUGCAGGAGUACUUCCUGUCUGUGGACAACCACUUCCAGCUGCGUGUCAGUGCUCAGCAGUACCAGGAUCUGCUGUCAGAGCGGGCCGUCCAGUUCAGAGCCAUCCAGCGCCGCCUGCUGACUCGAUUCAAAGACAAAACCCCGGCACCUCUGCAGAACCUGGACACGCUGCUGGACGCCACCUACAGUCAGGUGAUAGCGCUGGCGGAGGCUGCAGAGGAGAACCGGGCGCUGCUGGAGGAGGCGUUUGUCCGUCUGCGGAGCGCCACACACCUGCUGGUGCUGCUGCUGUCACUGUGGCAGGGCCUGACCCCCGACCAGACAGCCAUCCUGGAGGCCACGCUGUUGCCGCUGCUGCAGGACACACCACAGCUGGGCUGGGAGGAGAGCUGCGACGCCGCCGUCUCCCACCUCCUGCGGAGCUGCCUGUCGCGGAGCCCCAAGGACCAGGCCACGUCUCUGGCCCAGGCAGGAGGCCCCAUGCUGGGCCUGCCCAGCGACACCGCCCGCCUCAAGAAGCACAUCACCCUGAUGUGUGACCGCAUCGGCAAGGGAGGCCGUCUCACGCUGGCCUCUGAGGCCAACGUCCAAGUCCCUGUCCAGAUCCAGAACCUGGCUGCUCCCGGAGGUGUUGAGCCCAUCGCAGAGGUGGCUGGUGACGGAGAGGAGCUGGAACUUCCACCCGAGACGACCAAGUUCAUCAAGAAGAAACAGCCGUCUAAGAAAGUCAAGAAAGAUAAGGAGAAGAAGGAGGUGUCCAAGGAGUCGUCAGAGGCCAGCGUGAGGGAAGAAGUGGGAGGCGCAGAGGAGCCCGUCAAGGAGGCGAAAAAGGAGAAGAAGGAGUCAUCUAAAGAGAAGAAGGAGUCGAAGAAGGAUUCAAGCAAAGAGCCCAAAGAGGAGGCCAAAAAGGAGUCCAAGAAGGAAUCAUCCUCCUCCAAGGAGAAGAAGGAGUCGUCAAAGGAGAAGAAGGAGAAGGACAAAGACAAGGAAGGGAAGGAGGCCAGCAAGGAGUCAGGGGACAAGAAAGUGUCCAGGAAGUCGUCAGUAAAGGUGAAAGAGAAGAAGAAGGAGCCAGAGGCAGGAGACGGCUGACAGGAGCCGUGACGAUAUGCACACAAACACGACAGACAUGUCACACACACACACACACACACACACACAUAAAUAUACACACAUGUGUAUACACAGUGUCCAUGUAAACGUAUACAAGACGGCAUGACUCCGCACCGCACACAUCCACAUAUGCAGCCCUGAAAUAUAUUUACAUGUAAAUAUACUCUGUCAAGGCCACAUGUGUCAGUAGCAAACAGUUUCCUCCCAGACGCAUAUUUACAUCGUCUAGUAAUAACUGAUCCUCACACACACACACACACACACACACACACACACACACACACACACACACACACACUGUGUCUCUGGCCUGCUGCUGCUGAACCACACUACAUCCAGUAGUUUCGUUCUGUGCGCGCUGGGCAGCUGUGGUGAGGUCUGAGAGCGAGGAGAGCAAGGACGAAGGCGGAAUCCUCCUCCUCUCCUCAGACAUUUCGCUGACUCUCCUUCCUCCUCCUCCUCCUCCUCCUCCUCCUCUUCGUCUGGCCUCAGCAGCAGUUGAACCCGCAGCCCUGCGCCUCCCUAAUCCCAGUCAGGCCCCAAACCACCCCCCCGCCCACGCACGCUUCUGGAUGUGACGUCAGACCCGCCCUCUCGCCCCCUCGCGUGGCACUGGGCCUCACCAGAGCCUCCCCCGCCUCGCCGCUAAGAAUAAAAUGGCCUGCUGCGUCCAGCAGCGCGGCUGCUUCCGGGUAAAUUAAGGCCACAUCCUACAGCCGCCGCCUCCGCCUCCGCCCCCUCUGACCUCUGCCAGUCAGCUUUGUUUUUUAAAUCUGGGACACUCAAGGACACACGGCUGCUGAUGGACGCAUACUUGGUGCUGCGGGGUCGAACCUGAGACUGUUUUUAUACGUCUGAAACCAACGGGGCGUUUUCUGGAAAAAGCAGGGUGGUAAUCAGGAGGAGAGCCUGCGGGGCCACUGCAACACCCGAGGCUGCUCCUGCUCAUCUGCAACGAUGUCGUGAAGCGGAGGCGCUCUGAGGAGCUCUGAGGCGCUCUGAGGCGCUGGUGUCGUCUGUAACAUCAGCCGCAUAUUUGACCAGCUCCAGACGGAUACAGAUUCACAGUAAAAUUUAUUUGCAGAAUGUCAGAAAAACUCGAUCAGUAAACUUAAAAAAAUAAAUCAGGAGCUUUGAAGUGAAACAGUUGGAGAUGUGACUGUGAAUGUGUGAAUGUGUGAAUGUGUGAAUGUGUCUGGAGCCAGUUCAUGAUCUGAGAAACUGUUUUCCUCCCAGAUGAAGUCACCACUGUUUGUUUCUGCUAAUUGGUCGACAGUUUUACAGACUGGAGCUGGUUGGUGUUGGAGACACACACACACACACACACACACACACACACACACACACACAUAAUGUAGGAGCUUUGAGGUGUAUUUCUGCCAGACUCGAAGCUUAUCGUCUUCAGCCAUAGAAGCUGUGCCAGCUUGUAAACGACAAUUCCAGCAGCUCAGUGUCUGUCUGUCCGUCAGCUUCAGGCUGUCUGUCUGUCUGUCCGUCAGCUUCAGGCUGUCUGUCUGUCAG